AUUUCACAGUGUUUUGAGUUUGUAUCUUCAUUAGUCUAGCUUUCUGAGAACAUUUCCAUAUCUACUAACAACCUUGACCCCGAAUAAGCAGCCUAAAUUGACUGGAAAAUAAUAAUCACAAAAAAGAAUUCCACUGAACAAUUAAGUCAAUAUCUACUCCUUCAUCCCUGUUAGCUUGUCUCUUUUGCGACGAAGGAGUGUCUUAAAAUGAAGUCAUCUCAGACAUAUCAAGUCAGUUUCUUCACUAGGCUUGACAAUGAAGCCUAAUUAUUGAUGCAAGACUUCCAAGUCUUUCCAGUGAAAAGUAAGUGCUUUGAAAAUUCCCUAACAGCACAUAAUAUACGUUUCUGCCAAUUUUUCCAAAGACACUAUACUUUUAAACACAAAUUUAGUUCAUAUCUAGUCUUCCUCUUCUUGAGAUAGGAAAUUGUUUGUUUGAUCAGUAGGAGGAUUCUAUAUGGCUAUCACUUCAUUUGUAAGCUUCCUUCUAUCUCUUCUUCUGAUCUUUGUUCAGGCAAAUGGUUUAACUAACUCAACUUGUCCAAAGUCCUUUUCAUGUGGGAAUCUUACUGACCUGAGCUUUCCUUUCUCUCUUUCCACACAACCUGACUGUGGAAUAAUGCCCAUUUCUGGUUGUGAUGCAAAAACACCUCCAAGAAUCCAACUACUUCCUGGAGGAGAUUGGUAUUAUGCUUUGGCCAAGCUGAAUAAUUAUACAGUUGCGCUUGGGGACCCGAAGCUUAAUGCCGAGUUGAGGCAACAUGAUUGCCAGGCUUUUAACAAAAAUAUCUCCCUUCCAGACUCUCCUUCUAUUUCUUACAAAGUUCUCCCAGCAAAUAUUGUCAACUUCUUCAAAUGCAACAGCACUAGUACUACCCAGAAGAAGAUCAACCAUUUUGCUGUUUAUGAAAAAUACAAUGGUUGUAAAGGCUUUAGCAUAUACUACAAGUUUUUCCAAGAUCGCGAUGAAGACAUUCGAGCAGGCAACCUUACUGUCAACUGUUCACUUAUCAGAUUGCCAGUAAAUUCAAUGCCAGAUGAUGGUGAUGUGUUCAAAAUGUUAAGUCCUGCUUUUCAGGUAGAAUGGAAAUUGUCUGAUGAGUGUUACCAAUGUCACUUUGGUGGAGGUCAAUGCCAGACUGAUAAAACCAAAAAAUUUCACUGUACAAAUCAGUAUAAUCCACAUGCUCAAGGAACAUCAAAAACAGGCCAGCAUCGGAGAAUCUGGUUCAUACUAACCACAGGUGCAGUUUUGUUGACUGUUGCAUUGUUGGUUUUACUCUUCUGUUUUAGAGAAAAGAUUGUGUGGUGCAAGAACAUCAGGUUUUGGGAAUCUAAUCCUGAGGAUCACAAAAAUAUUGAAGCAUUUUUUAAGAACUAUGGGUCAUAUGCUCCAAAGAGAUACAGCUAUUCGGAGGUCAAAAGUAUCACCAGUGGCUUCAAAAACAAACUAGGUCAAGGAGGAUUUGGUUCUGUAUACAAAGGGAGUCUGCAUAAUGGAAGUCAUGUGGCUGUGAAGGUCCUAAAUAUACUAAAAGGAAGUGGUGAAGAAUUCAUUAACGAGGUGGCAAGUAUUAGCAGGACAUCACAUGUUAACAUCGUGAACCUUGUGGGAUUUUGUUUUGAGGGUCGCAAAAGAGCACUCAUUUAUGAAUUCAUGCCAAAUGGAUCUCUUGAAAAGUUUAUCUAUGAGGAAAGAUCUGACAGAGUUCGCCAAUUGGGCUGGCCAAUAUUGUACAAAAUUGCAAUAAGUAUUGCUCGAGGAUUAGAGUAUUUGCAUCGUGGUUGUACCACUCGGAUUUUGCAUUUUGAUAUAAAGCCUCAUAAUAUCCUGCUUGAUGAAGAAUUUUGUCCUAAGAUCUCUGAUUUUGGUCUUGCCAAACUGUGCAUGAAAAAGGAAAGCAUUGUGUCAAUGUUAGGUGCACGAGGGACUAUCGGUUAUAUCGCUCCAGAAAUUGUUUGCAGAAACUUGGGAGGUGUAUCUCACAAGUCAGACGUCUAUAGCUACGGAAUGAUGGUCCUAGAGAUGGUUGGAGGAAGAAAAAAUGUUGAUGCCGGAGUAGAUCGCACAAGUGAAAUAUACUUUCCACACUGGCUCUAUCAACGAAUUGAACUAGACGAAGAGCUUCAGUUAAUUGGGAUAAUGAAUGAAGAGGAGAAAGAAUGUGCAAGAAAGAUGGUGAUGGUGAGUUUAUGGUGCAUACAGACUGAUCCCUCGAAUCGACCAUCUAUGACUAAGGUUGUAGAAAUGUUAGAAGGGAACCUAGAGUUUUUGCAGAUUCCUCCCAAGCCUUACCUAUAUUCUCCCUCAAGAUCAGAGGUAGAUUCAUCAGUAGUAGAACUAGUCUAAUGUUUAUUUGUCGAUAUGUCAGUUAUUAUCCAUGUAGUCUGAUACAACCCAGUGAGAACCACACCCCAAAAGCUAGUUGUUAAGGUGGGAGAGCCCAAUGCUAUAUAAACUCACAUCAGCACAUUGCAAUACCGACGUGGGACUCAAGUCUCAUACCUUGCAAUGGACUAUAACAUAGUCCAUUUUGUUAUGGAAUUUUAGCAAAAGCUGGUAUCCAAUGUGUUUAGAUGUCCUUGAGUGUGGGAAACUGUAAAUUUCAUGUUUUUCUUAAUGAUUUAUCACUAAAAAAGAUCAGCGAUUUGCGUAA